UGGGUAUAUAUACACCUGACAGGGGGGGGGGCUCUUAUCUGCUCCUCGACCGCCCUGCAUGUCUCGCUACGUGUUCCCGUCCACUGCUGGCUCCCACUCCUACUCCCCCUACCAACACACCGUCCCACCGCUCUACGCGACCUCUGCGCCGUCUGCACACAGUCACAGCCAGAGCCCGUACCACUCUGCCAGGCGCAACUCCCUCAGUGGCCACCCCGCGCCCUAUGCCUACUCUGCCUCGCAGGGCACCCACUACAGCACCCCCUCCCACCACGCCCAUAACACAGCAACCCAUCUAGUCGUGCCUGGCACGUCCUCCAGCCACAGGAGCAGGUCGAGGUCGAGGUCCAGCCACGGACACGGCCGCCCCACAUCCACACACACCCACUCGCGCAGUCACAGCCAGAGCCGCCACGCCCAACCCCAUGUCUACACGCCUUCGGCCGCACCCGUGUACCUAGAUGCCUCCCAUCACUCCACCCACCGUUAUCCCUCCACCCAUUCGCACCACUCACACCACUCACAUGCCCACUCCCACUCCUCCCACAACUACCCCAGUCGCCAGCGUACCACCUCCCUUGGUGAUCGUUUCAGGCGCUUCCUCGGUUUAGAUACCCCCCAUUACCACCACCAACAGCAUUACGCUAACGGCAAUGCCGGGCGCAGGCGCCAUAACUCCUUCUCUGGUUACAGAGAUGACAGUAAACUCCACAGGACCAAUACCACCCGCUCCGGGCCGUGGUUCUUUGGUCCUACCGAUAACAGGCGCUAUAUCGACGAGCACGGCAGGGAUGUGGACUAUCUUGGAAGGGUAAUUCACAGAUACUAAACACGAUUGCUAUGCAAUGUUCCGUUCCAUUCCACGUAUGUAUGUGGUAUGUAGAGUGUCGUCAGAUCGGACUCGUCUUCCAUUCUUCGCGCCAUAAUAGUACUUAU